AUGGAUCCGAUCAGUCGACUUAAGGAUGAGAUAGUGUUAUCAGACAGGACCGACACAUCUACUGAGAUUCAGGAACGUUUGCUUCUUAACUCAGAUGAGCCAUCAGAACCUGAAACACCAUUACGUUCGCUAAAUACAACAGAUCUUAUUUGCUGGGCUGCCCAAGUUGCUAGUGGAAUGGAAUACUUGGCAUCGCGAAACGUUAUGCACGGUGACCUUGCAGCUCGAAACAUUCUGCUAUGUGAUGAAAAAGUUGUAAAGAUUUGCGAUUUUGGACUGGCACGAACUAUAUAUCGACAGAACGUUUACAAAAACAUGGGUAAAGCAAUCCUGCCAUUCAAAUGGCUGGCAUUAGAAUGUAUCGCGGACAAUGUAUUUACCAAGCGCUCGGAUGUUUGGUCGUACGGAAUAGUGCUUUGGGAGUUGUUUUCACUUGGUGAGAAUCCGUACCCAGGACUGGAGGCUAAUAACGAAUUGUACAGAAUGCUGCGAGACGGUUAUAGGAUGGAAAAACCACAAUUCGCCAAUCAGGAUAUUUACGAUAUUAUGCUUAAUUGCUGGGCAGAUGAUUCUCAUUCGCGGCCAUCGUUUAAAGAUCUCAGGUGCAGAUUCAAUGCCAUAAUGCCCGAGGAGAUGCUAGGUCGUUUAUUGCGAUUGAACGAGCCAUAUAUUGCAAUGAAUGCUGCAGCUUCAGCUCGUAUUCAUCAACAGCAGCAGCAUCAGCAGCCACCGGAGAACCGGGUACCAGUGGAGCAAGCAUUCCAACCAUAA